CCUCGCCUCAACACCCGCCGCGCGAUUAAUUCGCGUCGCUCAUUCACGCGCGUUUUAAAAAUAAAACGCGAUUCAAAGUUUUGAAUUAAGAAUGUUUUGAGUUCCAAUUUUUUUUUAUGUCACAUAAAAGUUUAAUAAAUGAAGUUACAAUGACUUCUAAGAUGGAUUUGCUCCAGGAAGGAGAUGCUGGCUCGCGAUCUUUAGCCGCUCGCCACAUAAGUGUUGGUAAUACUGUUACGGGAUUGAACAAUGGAGUCAAUACAACACUUCUUUGUCAUAGUUACAGUGUGCAACCCGACUUCGGGUCUUACUUAGCAGCUUUGGACAGCUACGCAUUAUGGCUCUGGGUAUCCGGGUUCCUGAUACUGCUAGCGAUAUGCGGACUCUACGUCCUCACGCUGCGCUCCGUCUGGCGCCAUUCCCGGGACGCUGUCAUGAAUGUGGCUGUAGUGCUCGCCGUCUACCCGGUAGUAGCGGCGUCAGCAUACAUAACUACAGUGGUGCCCCGAGCGACGCUGGUAUGCGAAGCCAUCGCGCAGCAAGCAGUCAUGUUCGGGAUGUACCACUUCUACUGCAUGAUCAUUGAUGAUUGCGGCGGUGUUGAUAAGCUCGUCAGGCAAGCAGGCGACUGUUAUCUGGAGACAAGGGUCCCUCCUUGUUGCUGCUGGCCAUGCUGCGUUAUUCCUCGACCGCGUCUUCAGAGGCGCAAUAUUCUCCGGCUACGUUAUCUCGUAGUUCAGAUGCCGAUAAUUCAAGGAAUCAUCUACAUCAUCAUCCUCCUCAUUUGGGUAGAAGACAUGAUGCUGUACAUCCGCAGUUUCCCGUUCUUCCAGCCGUUCGUAGUCGCGUCCAUCCUGACCGGCAUCUGGGGGGUGACGAUGUCCGUCAAAGCCGCCGAGGCGUCCGGUCUCCGUCCGAAGCCGAAAUUUUUCGUGCUGCAGCUCGCGCUUCUGAUCGUGAAGCUUCAGUGCGGCAUCAUAAGGUUCCUGCCGCGGGCCUUCACGAUGCCCUGCCUCAUGUCAGUGAAUCCCAUCGUGUUUGUCAAUCUGCUGCAGAACAGCUUGACCCUCGUGGAGAUGCUUCUCCUGUCUGCGCUGGCCUGGCGCCUGUACAGCGGCCCCCCGUCUCGAGCCGGGAAGGUCCAGCACGCAGUCAUCGCCACCGUGGAUGACAGCAUCUUCGACGUCAAGUCCAUCAAGGACAGCUUGGAUUCCAAGUCUUUUAAAGGGAAACACGACAAGUGAACGACAGAAAAUCUCUCAGAGAUAUGAUAAUUUUUGUGAUUGUAAUUUUUAUUGGAUGUUGUCAGAUUGAAAAUCUAGAUGUGUUUUUGUCCAAAUUGUAGAAAUUGUAUGUAGUGCACGAUGACAGUGAGUUCUUUGAUAGUGUUUAUUUAUAGAUAUCGCUAGAUAUUAAGAGGCUAACAUGUAUGAUGUAAGUCAAAAGAUUGGAAAAACCAGUAAUAAUAAACAUUAAUAAUGUUUAAUUAAA